AUGACGUCUCGGGAGCAGCUGGUACAGCAGGUGCUUCAGGAGCUGCAGGAGGCCGUGGAGUCCGAGGGCCUGGAGGGGCUCGUGGGUGCUGCUCUGGAGGCCAAGCAAGUCCUGUCGUCCUUCACCCUCCCCACCUGCCGAGAGGGGGGUUCCGGCCCCCAGGUGCUGGAGGUGGAUUCCGUGGCCCUGAGCCUGUACCCGGAGGACGCUCCCCGGAACAUGUUGCCGCUGGUGUGCAGAGGCGAGGGCAGCCUGCUGUUCGAGGCCGCCAGCGUGCUGCUGUGGGGCGAUGCCGGCUUCAGCCUGGAGCUGCGGGCCCGCACAGUGGUGGAGAUGCUGCUGCACCGGCAUUACUACCUCCAGGGCAUGAUCGACUCCAAGGUGAUGCUGCAAGCCGUGCGCUACUCCCUGCGCUCUGAGGAAUCCCCCGAGAUGACCAGCCUGCCAUCCGCCACGCUGGAGGCCAUCUUCGAUGCGGAUGUCAAGGCCACCUGCUUCCCCAACAGCUUCUCCAACGUGUGGCACUUGUACGCCCUCGCCUCCGUCCUGCGGCGCAACAUCUACUCCAUCUACCCCAUGCGAAACCUCAAGAUCCGGCCCUACUUUAACCGCGUCAUCCGGCCCCGCCGCUGCGACCACGUGCCCGCCACGCUGCACAUCAUGUGGGCCGGCCAGCCCCUCACCAGCCACCUCUUCCGCCACCAGUACUUUGCCCCCGUGGUGGGGCUGGAGGAGGUGGAGGCCGAAAGUGACCCCGGCCUGCCCCCAGCGCCUCCAGCCCUGGCCCCGCUGCCGCCACCCGCCAAGACCCUGGCGCUGCUCAACCAGGAGCCCGGCCUCAGCUACUCCCACCUCUGUGAGCGCUAUAGCGUCACCAAGAGCACCUUCUACCGCUGGCGGCGGCAGUCCCAGGAGCACCGGCAGAAGGUGGCCACGCGCUUCUCCGCCAAGCACUUCCUGCAGGACAGCUUCCACCGUGGGGGCGUUGUGCCGCUGCAGCAGUUCCUCCAGAGGUUCCCCGAGAUCUCCCGCUCCACCUAUUACGCCUGGAAGCAAGAGCUCCUGGGCUCUGGCACUUGCCAGGCCCUGGCCCCCAAGGAGGUGCAGGUGCUGGAGGAGCUGGAGAAGCUGCCGGACGAGCAGAUCGCCAAGGGGCUGGGAUGCUCGUCGCUGGCCGUGUCGAGCCCUGGCAUGAUCUUAAUGCAGCGGGCCAAGUUGUACCUGGAGCACUGCAUCUCCCUGAACACACUGGUACCCUAUCGCUGCUUCAAACGCAGGUUCCCCGGCAUCUCGCGGUCCACCUACUACAACUGGCGCCGGAAGGCCCUCCGAAGGAACCCCGGCUUCAAGCCGGCGCCGGCCCUCUCCACGGCCGGGGCUCCCCAGCCAGCGUCUGUUCCGGAGGAGGUCCUGCUCCCCUGGAAGGGUGAGGUGGGAGAGGGGCCGGGCCAAGCGACUGCGGGGGGACCGCCGGCCCCCCGUGAGCUCCUGCCCCCAAAGGUGCCCCUGUCCCGUUGGCAGAGGCGUCUGCGCAGGGCUGCCCGCAAGCAGGUGCUGAGCGGGCACCUCCCUUUCUGUCGCUUCCGCCUCCGCUACCCCAGCCUGUCGCCCUCUACCUUCUGGGUCUGGAAGAGUCUUGCCCGGAGUUGGCCCAGAAGCCUGUCCAAAUUCCAGAUGCAGGCCCCCAGCUUGGGCAAAGAAGGGAUGGAAGCUGAGGAGAAGCAGGAGAAAGAAGCCCGCAGGGAUGUGACCGCUGUGACGGCCCCUCCUGUGGGAGACCCCCCGCGGGUGGGGUCUUCUCCAGGAGAGGAUCCAGGGAAAGCCCAGGGAGGGCCUUCCAGAGAGGGGGCCACCGCCCAGGGCCGGCCCCACAGCAGCCUCCCUGUGACCGAGGCGGCAGUGGGUGGCAGGGACGGCCAAGUGCUGGUGAUGGACAUGCUCGCCACCACAAAGUUCAAGGCCCAGGCCAAGCUGUUCUUGCAGAAACGCUUCCAGUCUAAGAGUUUCCCCUCCUUCAAGGAGUUCAGCGCCCUCUUUCCCCUCACUGCCCGCUCUACCUACUAUAUGUGGAAGCGGGCACUCUAUGAUGGCCUCACGCUGGUUGAUGGCUGA